AAUUUCCUGGGUGGGAGGGGAGAAAGAGGAUUCCAGCUCAGGGAGUUCUGCCUAAAAUCCAUGCUACUUUCAUCAGCUCCCUUCCUCCCACCUUCUCCCUCCCAUCCUCUGCUUCUAUUACACAUGUGCUCCCAGAAUCACCCCACAAAACAUACAUCCUGAGAACAGCCUUUUGCAGCCAAUAUUUACUACCCAUUGCCACGGCCAAUAUAUCGAAAUUAUUGGGCAGGUAUGCCAGGCUCAACAUUUCCUUUCCAGAGUAGCAGUGACCACUUUGGAAACAUGCUUGCUGCUCCUAGUGUGGUUCCUGCCUUUAAGUUUCAACUGCGGAGGGACACCAUAGACUGGAGGCGAUUCAGUGCCAUCGAUGUGGAUCGGGUGGCCCGUGAGCUGGAUCUUGCUACUCUCCAAGAAAACAUCAAUAGUGUCACCUUUUGCAAUCUUGAUGCAGAGAAGUGCCCAUAUUGUCAACAGCCAGUAGACCCUGUUCUCUUAAAGGUCCUCAAGAUGGCCCAGCUGACCAUUGAAUACCUACUCCACUCUCAGGAGUACCUGAGCAUGAACUUGGCACUUCAGGAGGAGCAGCACCAGGCAUCCCUUGAAGACAUAAAGCACCUCAAGCGUGACUUGGAUAAGCAAGCAGAAGAGCUGAAGAGUGUCAGGGAAGAAAGCAGAAGGCGGAAGAAGAUGAUUGCUACCCAGCAGUUGCUCCUGCAAGCUGGAGCCAAUAACUACCAUAAGUGCCAGCUGUGUGACAAGACCUUCAUGAAUUAUUCCUUUCUUCAAGCCCACAUGCAACGCAGGCACCCUGAAGCUACUGAAGCUGAGAAGGAGAAGAAGAAACAGGUGCAGCAAAUGGAAAGUGAAAUUGAAGAAUUGAAGAUCAAGCUGAAGGAGACCCAUAUCCAACUGGAGACUGAGAGUCAGUAUAGAACUCAGGAAGCAGAGAAUAUUCGUCAAAGAGAAGAGGAAGGAAGAAAAAAGUUUGAGAGAUGGAAGGAGGAGGAAAGGGCAAAAUUCCAAAAGGAAAUGGAAGACCUUAGGCAGCUCUUCCUUACUGAAUUCAAGGAUAUUUCCAGCAGGAAUUCUGCCUUGGAAGGGAAACUUCAAGAACUACAAGUCAAGAGUAUAGUCGUCUCUAAUCUAGGAACACUGCAGGAUGAUGAGUCUGUUGACAAGCAGCAAUGGACGAAAACUCAGAGGGAGCUACAAGGGAUGAAAGCAAAGAUUGAUCAGCAGAAAACCGAGUGGAAGUGGAAGCUGCGGGAACUUCAAAAAGAGCACCAAAUAGAAAAGGAACAGCUAAAGACUGAGAAUGAGAGGCUAAGAUCUACCUUGUCUUCUGACCAAAGGAAAAUAGCAGAGCAAAGCAAGCAGCAAAUGGCAUCACUCAGUGCCCAACUCAGGGAACAAGCAAAGAUCAUCAAAACUCAGGAGAAAACAAUUAAACUUCUAUCAUCCAGCAAAUCCAGAGAAAUCCAAGAGGUGCCUAAGACAGAAAAACCAGAAGAGUCAACUGAAGAAGAACUUGAAGAUACAUUAGACAGAAAGAAGAGGGUUCUAGAAGUCCUGAGGAGUGAUCCAAAUUUGCUGAAGCAGUUCCGGCCAAUUUUGGAGGACACUCUUGAAGAAAAACUGGAGAAAAUGGGAGUGAAGCGAGGUACAAAAGGCAUCCCAGCUCAAACCUAUAAGCAUUUGAGAGAUGUGGUAAAAAUACAACAACAGCAGAAGGCCAAAAAAUUUCCACAUCUUCUUGCUUUGAGAGACAAGCUUGAGAAAGAAGUAAAAAGGAGAAUCAAUUGGGAACAGAAGGAUAAAAGGGACACAUCUCUGCCAUUUCCCAUAGUCUCAGGUAAAAAGCAGACAAGCCCACAAUCUCCAAUCCUGGUCACAUCUUCCGAGCCCAGAAUGCAACAGAUCGAAUUACACUCUUAUAUCUCACCGUUGCCUAGGCCAGCUCCUCGGAGUAAGGUUAGCUCCAUGGCUAGUACCCUGCAGACUUCCAAGUUAACUUCUCCAAAACAAGCCCACAAUAGCUCAUCUUCUCCACAACACUCUGUUGUUCACCAGCCCAGCACUUCUCCUUUCAGCUCUGAAGAAGAGGAAUCUGAGGAAGAAAAAAGUUUUACCUCUCCAAAGUUCACGCCACGCAAGACGCAACAAGAACUUUCCAGGAUAACUCAGAAAGAGGACAGUGAUUGGGAUUCCUCUGAUAGGGAUUCUCCAGAGGUGAAAGACAAUACAGGAAUGGUUCUUCAAACUGCAGUGCCAACUCAUUCAGAAACACUGGUGCAGUCAAUGGCUAAAAAUUUGGAAAAGCAACUGAGCACUCCUGGAAAAAAGCCUGCUGGUGGAGUGAAGCUCUUUUCUGUACCAGCCAAAGAAGUGUCUACAUCCAGCCAUGCCACUAAAAAUCUUCAGUUCGUUGCUGAGGAGGAUAGUGAUUUAGAAAUUUCAUCUAUAGAGGAAGUCACCCAGCACCUGAACACCAAAAUCAAGAAACUGCAAGGUGUCGGAGUUAGUGGGGAGUCAUCUGGGUCCCGGAGCACCUGGAGCUCCAGCAACCCAAGGACUGGUGCCUGGUGAUUCCUGCACUUAUCUGAGUACUUUCAGAUCACAAUGGCCUUGUGAGAUGGAGUCUCACCCCAUGAGAAUCCAAGAGAAAUAUGAAGCCCAUAAAUGAAAGAAAAUGAUGCAGAUUUUAGAGAAGAAUAAUGUGCCGGUUUGUAGGUUCUAUGUGCAUGUAAAAUUCUUCUCCUGAGUUGCUCAUUCUUUGCAGCCAUGCAUGUGAUAAGCCUCAUAAAAACAAGAUGAAUUUACUAUUUUGCUGAAGUCUAUCUUCCAAAGAUGUUGACAUUUCAUAAAAGAAGAUAUAGAUUUGUAAGGCAGAGUUGCACUAGCCCAAGCUUUGUAGCUUUUCAUGUAGCCUGGGAAGACAUUCCCACAACUGAUGGUUUGGAGAAGGAAUGUUGAAGAUCAGCUGUGAUCUCCAGAACCAUUUUAGGGGAUCAUUGAUGCUGGGCCAGACUAGACAAGACAUUGAGAAUGUGUGGUUAUUGGAGACCCCUUCCCAAUGUUUUCCCAAAGACUUAAAUAGCAAUUUUGAAAGAGAGGUAGUUUAGAUUGGGAAUAUGUCACCAGAGGUAAAUUCACUUCCCCAUAACAUCAUGAUCCUGUUCAAAUUUUAACAGAAAUAGAGAUCCAUUCAUCAAUAUUCAAUAUCUUCUUAAGUCAGUGGUUCUCAACCUACGGGUCCCCAGAUGUUUUGGCCUUCAACUCCCAAAAAUCCUAACAGCUGGUAAACUGACUGGGAUUUUGUGGAGUUGUAGGCCAAAACACCUGGAAACUGACAGGUUGAGAAUCACUGUUUUAAGUUAAUGUCCAUGGGCAUUUCUCUCACUUUGGGGUGGAGGGAGCAGGAGGUAGAACUGCCCAUGGAACUCUGAUAAGGACAUAUUAUCCCAAAAUAGAUGCAAGAGACAAUAUAUAUCCUGUCUUUCAGCACCUCCUUUUUCCUGGUAAUCUUCAAAUUUCUAUGGCUAUCUUCUUCCCUGACUUUGUUAGCCCGGUGAUAAUAUCAUUGGUAGUGACUCUGUAGCUCUUCCAAGACUUGGUGCUGCCUUAAUCCAAAUUCCUUCCAUUUGGUGAAAGAAGAUAAUCUGGGAUUGUUCCUGGGGAAUCUAGGCAAAAUGUCUUAGAGGUGUACAACUGAAUCUGCUCUACUGUGAUAAUGGUUCUUCACUGUCCUAGUAAAGAUACAAUUCUCCAUGGGUGAAGUUUCUCUUUUUCUUCUGAGGUUUGUUUUACAUCAUAAUCAAGCUGAACCCAGUUAUUUUCGCCCAUACUUUUUAAUGCAUUAGUGGAGUUCAAACACAUACACACAUAUUUAAAUUAAAUUAAAUUAAAUUGCUGAAUAGAGGUGACCACUUGGUGGCACCAUAACUCAAGAAACACAACUUAUUUCUUGAGAGGUUACAAAUUGAACUUGAUAGGAAGGAAAGAUUUUUCCAAGUCAGUGUAUACAGGGGUUGAAUAGGAUGUAAGGAUCAGCCACUGGAUUGUACAAAGCACUAAAUAAUUGUUUGAUUAUAAGAUGUAUAAAAAAAAAGCACAGAAAUAUAUGUCCAACCCCCUGCUUCUUGGCAGGAGGUUGGACUGGACUGCUUCUUGGCAGGGGGUUGGACUAGAUGACCCAUGAGGUCUCUUCCAACUCUAUGAUUCUACGAUUCUAUAUUUUAGAUGUUUUCUCUGUAUCACUGAAGGGACUGGUACAAAUAUUUUCUCAGUCCAUUUUUCCAGGAUUUUCUCAAUCUUCUUUAUUGGCUACACUGAAUACUGUAAGGAGGCUUGGACUCCUCAGGCAUGAUGGAACUGGGAUGUCUUUAAAGGCAAAUGCUCAUGAAGAUUUCUGAACAGCAGUUUUUGAACCAGUAGCAGCUGGUAGCUCUAGUAUCAGUAGGAAAACAAAUCCACUCCGGGAUUUGGUCCAAACUUUAAAAGGGAUGUUGAUUGUGCUGAGUAUAUUUUAAGAAUAGAGUUCAGCAUCCUGGAUAGUUCAUUUAGAUAUCUGGCUAAAAUCCAACAAAAUCUGCAAAGGUGUGAUAUCUUUAGUGGCCAACCACAAUAGAGAAAAUAUGCCACCCUUAUUCUAGACUCCAUGUUGAUAUGCAAAACUGCUGAAGAUAGCGAACCCUAUUGAAAAGAAGGACUUCCAGCUCAAGAAAACCAUAUAGAGCAGGCAUGGGAAAACUUCAGCUCUCCAGGUAUUUUGGACUUCAACUCCCACAGUAGGAGGGCCAAAGCCAGUAGGAGGGCCAAAGUUUGGCUAUGCCUGAUAUAGAGUCAUGCUGGAGGACCUAGAGAAUGCCUACAGAUUAUUUAUUUGAUCAGAUGUGGAUAAAUGAAACUGAAGAAACCCAGUCCUGUAGAUAUAGAAGUCAUACUGUAUAUCAUGCAAGCUUUCUAAACUUCAACCAUCCAGGAGGAGAAAAAUGGUGAUGUUAAGUAUCAUAGGCCUCCAUUUUGUCUCAGAUGUUACUUAUGUUGUCAAUUAAAGGGAAUUCAAUGCAGGCAAGGACCUUUCUCCUUCUUGACCAUAUGUAGACCAAGAAAAAGAACACAGGAUAAAAUUCAGUGCAGGUUACCAACCUAACAACACUAGAACCUAGUUGUUAGAUUCAUAAAGUAGUAAUAGUCCUGUCCCACUUUUGUAAAUAGUGGUUCUUAUUCCUUUUAUUUAAAAAUAAUUUACCAUCUGCUUUCAGUCUUUAGAACCUGACCCAGAGUAGAAUCCUUGUUUCAAGCUUGUUUUUUAGCACACUUAGAGGAUGUGUGGUGAAUUUCACCAUACAUUUCCUUGGUUCCUCCAGUAACCAUUAUUGGCACAGAGUAGGAACAAGAAACCAAUUUGCAUAUAAUUUAGAGCACUGCAAAUUAUUAAUUUUUCAUCUUGUCUAAAACUGUACAAAUCUUGUUUACUUAACUUGUGAAAUGAAACCGAAUGUCUCAGUAUGCACAUUCAUACAAUUUGCUUCUGUUCUUUCAUGUGUAAAAAAAAAAUGGGAAUACAAUUCUACUCCAGAAGGAUGUUGGAAUUUUCCAGCCAUGAAGCUAUCACUCUGUGCAGAAGUCAUUUUUAUAUAUUAUUCAGACCACAGAGCAUCAGCUUUCAUUGGUGGGAUUUUCUGAUUAUAGAAAAGGCAGAGUUUAAAAAAAAGAAGAAGAAGGAAAGAGAGGGGGGAGAACUGUUUUCUGCUAUAGUAUUUGCUUUCUGAUGUGAAAUUUGGUUAAGAGAUUAUUUGUUCUUGAGAUAAUUUUUAUUGGAGGUGAAAAAGCUUAAAACGAUACAUAAGAUAUAGGUUAAGAACACUUGGAGACCCCAGUGGUGCAGUGGGUUAAAGUGCUGAACUGCUGAACUUGCUGAUUGAAAGGUCGCAAGUUCAAAUCCAGGGAGUGGCAUGAGCUCCCACUGUUAGCCUCAGCUUCUAUCAACCUAGCAAUUUGAAAACAUGCAAAUAUGAGUAGAUCAAUAUGUACUGCUCCAUUGGGAAGGUAACAGUGCUCCAUGCAGUCAUGCCAGCCACAUGACCUUGGAGGUGUCUAUGGACAACACCGGCUCAUCAGUUAAAAAUGGAGAUGAGCACCAACUCCCAGAUUCAGACACAACUAGACUUAAUGUCAGGGGAAAAUGUUUACUUUUACCUUUACCUAAGAACACUCACACUGCAGAAUAUGUGAAUUCAGCACUUUUCACUGUGAAAUAGUAUUUGGAUGAAAAGCCUGUUCUUGCUGUUGUUAAUACAGAUUGUAUAUAUAAUGCUGCAUAAAACCAUUCUAAUUUAUCUUUGUAAAUCCUUGCAGCUAUAGAGAAUUUAUAUUUGUAUGAAAGAUUAAAACUGUAUUUGUAGUGUAAACUGUUUGCCUAACAUAGUAUUUGUCAUACCAUAAAUAAAAUGAGGGACUAGAACAUAAA